ACUUCCGGGGUCUCCUCCCUUAUUUGGCAGGAAGGGGCGGUCCUCAUCGACAGGGAGCGAAAUGGUGGAAAGGAAAGUCAGUCAGCUUCAGUAGACGCAGUGAUUCCAACCGUUUUAUCUCUGCCUCCAGACUUACUUUGGGCAGUGAUGGCUGAUGCAGAAAAGAUCAAGAAAACUGCAGUCAAGGUGCUGUGCUGCGUGGAAAAGGUGUCUUCCUUCGCCGCCUCCAUCGACCCCAUCUUUGGGAUAGUCUCCUCCCUGGUAGGUGUGGCUCGCAAAGGCCUUAUCAAGGAGGAGGGCCACGCUCUGGACAAGGAGUUCCAGCCGCUCCACUCCAAACUGGAGACCAUCUCCGAAAAGAACCGCCAAUGCCUGAGGCAGAUCCGCAUCGACGAAGUGAACGAAACCUAUGGCAAGUACGAGGAGCUCAUUAAGCACCAGUACACUGCCUUCAAUGACAUGGUGGCAAAGGUGAAAAAAGAUCCGGACAACACACAGCGCCACAUGGCGGCCUUCGAGAAGACUUAUGAGAGAGACAAGAGCGACAUGAGCCUGGAUGUGUACUACCGCGGGGUGAUGGGUACCAAGCUGCUGUUUGGAAAACCCUUGCUGAAGGUCUACCUUGACAGCUGCGACGGCGACCGGGAGAUCAUGGAGCGCCGCUGUUCACACAUCACCCACCUGUUCCACAUGGGCCUCAUCGCCCUCAUGGCCUACACAGCUGUGACCGAGGAUGACGAAGACGAGGUGCGGGAGAAGUGGGCCAAGAGGGUAGCUGAGAUCCAGGAGAAGAUGCAGGAGGUGCUCAGUCAGUGCAAAGACAACUCAUCCUGAACAUGGGCAUCAUAGCGAGCAAUGUCUACUCUUAGCUGUGGACCAAAAAGACGAAAGAUGUUAUAAAUAUAUAUCUUUAAAAAAAUGUCAUGCUUUAAUUAUUGUUCUUAUUGCUUCAUUUUAAUUAUUUUACAGACGUUGUAAACAUGUGUUUCAAAGAGACAAUUGUAUGUUUCAGUAGAUUUAUUAUUUGGCAAUAUAAGCAGAAGUUUUGUACAAUCGCUUGAAUUAAAAUUAAUAUAUUAUUGGUCAAUAAAGUUGUAUAUUUGUGAAAUCCA